AAAAGAUUGAUAAUUUUAUGUAAAAUGACCACCUCGAAAACAGGAAGAAAAACACACAUUAUUCGACGACAGUCACAAAGGCCUUUGUGUUCUGAAUUAAUCAAACAAAGUGGUUGUAUACCUUGGUCAUACGCCAGAUUUGGUUGUAUACUUGGUCUUGCGCCUGUUAGUUGCCUGUAAUCUAUAUAAAAGCUACUCGUCAGAGGGAAAAGAUGAAAGAAUUUCGGUUCCAGACAUUGAAAUCCCAUAAAGGUGGAUGCAGAUUGCGGGGUGGUGCUUGGAUUAUAAUAUGCCAAGUAGUGGUAUCAGCGCUCGCACAAAUUAACGCACCAGGUCAUCUCGGAUGCUUUGUGGAUAAGAGUAAUCGCGCUCUCAAAGGUGGCUCCAGAACCUUCAACCUCCUUUCCGUUCAGCGAUGUUUCAAACAUUGCCAAGACAAUUUACAUGUCGACUACACGUAUGCUGGUUUGGAAUAUGCAGAAGAAUGUUAUUGCGGUAAUAAUGAGAACUAUGGACGACACGGUCGAGUAAAGGAGUCGGACUGCGAGGAGUACACGUGCACGGGGGAUUCUGACCAGUUUUGCGGCGGCGGUUGGCGAAUAGCAAUCUACAAAAUUUCACAAGGAGUAUGCAGUAAUGCAAUAGGCCCACCUGCCCAUGGCACUAACUCGAUCACCAACCCGAGUGGUCUGUCUUAUAAUUUAGACAACUACAAGUUCCUCGGGACAAGGGUGAAUUUCUUCUGCGAUGCUGGGUAUGUUCUCGAUGGGUCUUCUACCAUUAUGUGCCUCUUACAGGAGAACACCGUUGGCUGGAGUGACACUGUACCAACGUGUAGAGCUGUUAUACCAUCGACGAUUCCAACGACCACUGUGCCCACAACAACCACGACUGCGCCCUCAACCGGUAAGAUAACAACCACAAACGCGAGUCGUGCGCCACCAUCGAGCACCGAGGCAGCGUCGACAAAAUCCCAGCAAACACUCACUUUAGAUCAAGGCAGCCUCAUUGGAAUUGUUAUUGGAGUACUAUUAGCAGUUAUCAUUGGCCUCGCCUUCAUCAUUUUUAUCUGCAGAAAAAGAAGAAGCAAGAGGAAGGCGUCACCCUCUGCUGUUGCCACGGAUACGAUGGGGAUGAGUUUCUCAAACAAUAUGUACGAGAUCACAGUUCAAACGACGGAGAGGGACCCUCAAGAGCCAAACCAAAACCCACAAGCACAGCUCUACAGUGAGGUUGUUCGGAAACAGUCCAGGAGUGGCGAGAGUAAUUACGUCAACACAGUCAUUCAGCCAUCUUCGGGGGCCCAUGAGAACGCUGGAACUGGAUUGUUUGACAAUGUUCUGUACGAGAGUUCCUCGUUCAGAGACGAGCCAGAUAUGGCGGGAAAUGAUUCAGAAAUGGCGGGAAACGAUUCAAAUGGACGGUACGAGUCAUUCACAACUGCGAAAGAAAAUCCAGGAUUGGUUGAAAAUAUCAUUUAUGAAUGAAUCCCUUUCGAUAAUAAUGGUACAGAAAGAGAAUAAAGCCAACAAGCAAAUACAUUUCCUGGCUGUGGUUGUUGAUUUAGAAAGUGAAAUACAACCAAUAGCCGACGACUCCUUGUUGACACGCCCUUGGCUCGUUUGGACAAACGGGCGGGAACGAGUGGGAACGAUGCCUCGGAGUGUCCGAUAACUAUCCAUAUUGGACUCCAAUAUUGGAGCACCAUGUCAGUAAAACAUAGCAAAAUAAUAGAUAAUGAAUGACGCACGAUCCACCAAACAAAUGCGAAGGAUCUGUUCCUAGUGAACAGUCACGUGGUCAUAGUUAGCCUAUAUAGAAUUUGUCACGCUAUAUUAUUUCAUUAGUAUAUAAGCUUGAUACUAAGACGUGCUAUGCCGAAAAGGACCCGAAAAAAGAAUUGUGUGUGAUCUCUAGAUUAGCAGCAAGGAGCUUUGUGAUGAGUUAUAGUUUUAGGCAAAUAUGAUUGAUUUGAUUUUGUUUUGAAUAUUUAAGCUGUUAGCAUUUUUUAUGCAUGUAUGUAUUGGUAUGUUUACCCUGUUAAGUGGAGUGUUGUUCGCAACCAUCUGCAUAUCACGGUGGAUUGUUUUGUUUAUAAAACAACACGAAUGCCUCAGCAUUAAAGGCACUGCAUAGAACCUUACUUGGUAACGAGCA